GCGCUUUUUCAGCACUCACUGCCCGUGACGUAUAAUCUGAGCGACGAACACCAUUUUUUACAACACAUGUGGAAUGUGUUGAUGAGCAAAUGCAUUUUAAAAAUAAGUUAAUAUAACAAUACAACUGCAAGUGGAAUCGUAAACAUUGUGAUUUGAGGCACGUCCACAAAACAAAAUGGCUAAUAGCAACCUCCAGUUCAAGACCAACUAUGCAGUUUCCAGCAAGAUCGAACCAUUUUACAAAGGAGGAAAAGUACAAAUCAGCAAAGAUGAGAAAUAUUUAUUUUGUACCUGUGGCACACGCGUCAACGUUCUGCAAAUUGUCACAGGAAAAAUUGUCCACAGUAUCGAACAGGAUGACCAGGAGGACAUCACAUCAUUUGCGCUCAGUUAUGAUGAUAAGAUCCUGGUGACUGCCAGUAAGGCUCUGCUGCUGAAACAAUGGGAUUGGCAACAGGCACAGUGCACCCGCUCUUGGAGGGCCAUCCACAAUGUGCCUAUUGCUAGCAUGACCUUUGACCCCACCUCAACCCUCUUGGCCACAGGCGGCUGUGAUGGCACUAUCAAGCUAUGGGACGUUUUGAAGCAGUACUGUACACACAACCUGAAGGGCUCUGCUGGAGUCGUACAUCUGGUCCAGUUCCAUCCAGACAUAAGCCUGCUGCAGCUCUUCUCCUCCUCUAUGGACUGCGGCAUCCGUUUGUGGGACCUGCGCUCCAGCCAGUGUGUGUGCAUCCUGCAGAGCCACUACAGUGCCGUCACCUCCCUGGCCUUCACGCCAGAAGGAGACACCAUGGUCAGCUCUGGCAGGGACAAGAUCUGUACAGUGUGGGACUUGAAAACGAGGACAGCCAAGAGAACAGUACCUGUCUAUGAGGCAGUGGAGAGUGUUGUGUUGCUUUCUGAGAACGAAGAUUAUUCCCAUAUUGGAGUGAAGACUAAAGAGUUGCACUUCAUCACAGCAGGGAGCAAAGGGGUGCUAAGAGUUUGGGAGGCCAGCUCUGCUCGGUGUGUGUUCACCCAGACCCUCCCCGCGGCUGAUUCUGAGGGGGGGGAAGAGGAGGAUGGGGACCCCUGCAGUCUCACGUACUGCCUCCCCCUGCCCAACUCCUCCAGCCUGGCCACAGUCACCGCCGAGCACAACAUCCUGCUAUACCAGCUUACCACUCUUACCACUCUGCAACAGUUUGUGGGCUACAAUGACGAGGUCCUGGAUGUAAAGUUUAUGGGGAAAGGGGACAGCCAUAUUGUGGUGGCCACUAACAGCUCUCAGAUAAAGGUGUUUGAGCUGGCCACUAGCAGCUGUCAGAUCCUCUAUGGACACACAGACACAGUUCUGUCACUAGACGUGUUCAAAAAGGGCCUCCUGUUUGCCAGCUGUGCCAAGGACAAGAGUGUGCGUGUGUGGAGAAUGGACAGUGCCAGCGGCCAGGUCUGCUGUGUGGCACAGGGCUCCAGCCAUGCCAAUGCUGUGGGCUCCGUCACCUGCUCUAGGAUGAAAGAGACAUUUGUGGUGUCUGGCAGUCAGGACUGUACAAUCAAGGUAUGGGAUCUUCCAGAAGGGAUUGUUGACAGUGGAAGUGACAUGCAUGAGCUGACUGCCAGGCUCACGGAGAAGGCACAUGAUAAGGAUGUGAACAGCGUGGCCGUGUCACCCAAUGACAAGCUGGUGGCGUCGGGCUCCCAGGACCGCACCGCCAAGCUCUGGUCCCUGGCGGACUUGUCCUUGCUGGGGGUGUUCAGAGGCCACCGCCGAGGCAUCUGGGCCGUGGUCUUCUCCCCCAUGGACCAGGUGCUGGCCACAGCGUCUGCCGAUGGCACCGUCAAACUCUGGAGUCUGCAGGACUGCAGUUGCCUCAAGACAUUCGAGGGUCACGAUGCAUCCGUGCUGAAAAUCAUCUUUGUGUGCAGAGGGACUCAGCUGCUCACCAGUGGCUCAGAUGGGCUGGUCAAGCUGUGGACCAUUAAGACCAACGAAUGUGUAAAGACCCUCGACGCCCACCAGGAUAAGGUGUGGGGCCUCCACGCAAGCCGCAAGGAUGACAAGAUGGUGACCGCUUCGGCCGACUCCAACAUAACUAUCUGGACGGAUGUGACAGAGAUUGAGAUAGCUGAGGAGCAGGCCAAACAGGAAGAUCAAAUUCUAAAGAAGCAGGAGUUAUCCAACUUGCUCCAUGAGAAGAAGUACCUCAAAGCCCUGGGAUUGGCUAUAUCACUGGACCAGCCCCAUACAGUGCUCAAAGUCAUUAAAGCCAUCCAACAGGGGGAAGAUGGCCACCUCCAGCUGGAGAAGACUGUCUUGAACCUACGCCAAGACCAGAAAGAGUCCAUCCUGCGCUAUUGUGUGGUGUGGAACACCAAUGCCCGCAGCUGCCAGGAUGCCCAGGCUGUCAUCCAGGUGCUACUCACACACCUGCCCCCUGAAGAGCUUCUGCAGUACCAGGGGGCUCGCACCCACCUGGAGGGACUUAUACCAUACACAGAGAGACACAUGCAGAGAAUCGGCCGUCUGCUGCAGGCGUCCAUGUUCCUGGACUACAUGUGGCAGAAGAUGAGAGUGACAGGAGCUCCAGCCAGUAUGGACUCCCAGGAUGAGGAGAUGGACUCUGCUCCUCUUCAGGAGACCCAACUCCUUUUAAUAACGGACAAGGACCAUGGAAAAGGUGGAGAGGAGGAUGACGUUAACGAGGAAGAUCCAGACUGCUCAGCAGAUAUGGAGGUCAUAAGAAACGGUAAUGACAAUAAUGAUGACGAAGUCAGCAUCUGCAAGAAGACCUCUGUAAACAGAGGAAAGGCAGCGAAUGGGAAUGAAAAUGGCGAACACCACUCUAGUGAGGAGAGCUCUGGAGAGGAGGAGGAUAGGGACCAGGGAGAUCAAACAACAGCCAAAAUAGCCAAGUUUCAGAUGACCACCCUUUUAGCCGAAUCCCAUCCACCACUCCAGACUCCCAGCAGCUGACAAGGACCUCCAUGCCCGUCAGACAGAACCCUUUCCUGGAGUGGGUAUUCUGGGGUGGGCUCUUCCCAUUGAGUGCUGCACAAAGCAAUGCACUGACUGCGGAUGCAUGGACAAACAGACUGACAGGUCCAGAAUGACCUUUAUGAACUGCUAUUAAAGUUGAAGAUGUGAAUGUGGUUGUGCUUAUCAGGUCACAAAUACAAACAUCUAGGUGGAACAUCCACUCUAAC